AUGAGGGUUUUGUUCUGCAAGAUCCAUUGUCCUUCUUUCGUUUGCUUUUGCAAGCCCUCUCCUAGUAUAUACAGACAAGGACCAUUGAAAUUGGAAAACAGUCCUCAUGUGCCUUCAACUGCAGUUAUAUCAGUUGCUGAUGCCUCCUCUAAUGAUGAUCAUGUGCUUAAUGAUUCCAUUGAGGUGACAGAAGGGAGUGUAGAUGUUGAUGGGAAGCAAUCAGAGGCUCAGAAUAGCCUCAAAAGUAGUCUUAGGAAGGCGGCUUUUGAUUCGAAAGAGGUUGAUAAGAAGAAAGUGCGGUGGAUAGAUUUCUUAGGGAAAGAGCUUGUCGAGAUCAGAGAAUUUGAGCCCAGCGAAACAGAAGAGAGCGACAGUGAAGAUCAGAGCAACAGAGGCUGUGUUUGUACAAUUCUUUGA